AUGGACGUUGAGCGACAGAGUGGGCAAGAUAGGCCGUCGAGUCCAAGCUCCUUGUCUUCGGAGAGCGACGAUGGCUAUCGCCGAGAUGUCUCGCCUUCAAGCUCAAGCAGAGAAGAUGGCACGGAAAAGUCGCCUUUCCUCACCCACGACGAGGGCGACAACGACAUAGGAGACCGCAGACGAUAUCGGAAAGGCUCGUCGUGGAAGACCACAGUAUCUGCCGCAGCAAGUCUUUCCGGCGUCUUUGUUUUCUUUUUGGUCUUUUUCGUCUUCGAUCGCUUUUUGCCGGGUGCUCCCCGUCUUGAUGGAGCGACACCAACACAUACCAUCGAUGAACAGAUUCCUCCAACCCCGCGUCUCAGAGACUCAUCAGAAUAUGUUCUCAACCCAUCAUGGGACUACGCAUCGGCAAAGAGCGUCAGAGAGUAUCACUGGACUAUUCGAGACGCAAUCUUCAACCCGGAUGGCAUCUUCCGACCAAUGAUCCUGAUCAACAAUCAAUUCCCUGGACCGCUUAUCGAGUGCAACGAGGGGGACACCAUCAUUGUUCAUGUCCAUAAUGAGGCAGCCAACGCCACUGCCAUCCACUUCCACGGCAUGUUCCAAAAUGGCACAAACUCCAUGGACGGCACCGUCGGCGUCACACAAUGCCCGAUAGCCCCCAACGGAACCUUCACCUACCAGUUUACCGUCGACGGACAGUCGGGGACCUAUUGGUAUCAUGCGCACCACAGCGCCCAGUCCUCGGACGGAUUGGUCGGUCCGAUGGUCAUCCACUCUCGGAGUGAGAAGAAGGAAGCAGACACGUUCGCGAGCGAUCGCGUGGUUAUGAUCCAGGAUCAUUACCACAAUACUUCGGCCGAGCUGCUCAUGGACUAUCUCCAACCGGACCAAGAGAACGAUGAGCCUGUGCCAUCCAGCGGUCUCAUCAACGGGCAGAACUACCGUAACUGCGCUGACUUUGAUGGUUGGCAUUGCGAGAACAAAGUUUCUUAUCUGGAGUCCUUGGCCUCGUUCGACUUGACUUCAGGUCAAAAGCACCGCCUCCGUUUCAUCAAUACCGGCGCAUUUGCAGAGUUCCAAGUUGAGAUUGAUGAGCACCCGUUCUACGUUACCGAGGUUGACGGCAUUCAAGUUGAAUCGACAUCAUUUCACCGUUUGAACAUCCUGCCUGCCCAGCGCUACAGCGUUGUCAUCGACACCAACGUGACCACUGCCGCCUCAUUCUGGAUGCGUGCCAGAAUGGUCACACACUGCUUUGCCAAGGAAAACCAGUGGCUUGAUCCUGAGGUCAGAGGCAUCAUCAGCUACAGCAAGACGUCGAAAGAUGCCGCCAUUGCUAAAGAACCACAAACAAAAGGUUGGAGUGAAGCGCAUGAUGUCGAUUGCCGCGACAUGGAUACCAGCACCCUCAAACCUGUCGAAGCCAUGGCAGCACCAGCGACGACGGCGUCCAUGUACCUCCGUGCCAACUUCGAAAUCGGCGCCUGGCGUUUGUCUCGUGGCUUCUUCAACAAGUCGACGUGGCAUGGGAACGUCACGUCUCCAACGCUGUACCGCAUCAUGGAGACGGCGCAGGCAGAAAAUGAAACUGGCCUGCCUCAGAUGACGGGAGUGAACGAAGUCGCUUUCGAUCCGGAGAAGGAGUUCGUGUACCAGACAACGGGAAUCGAGACUGUGGACAUAGUCAUCAGCAAUUUCGACGACGGCGCUCACCCGUUCCACCUUCACGGGCACAAGUUCUUCGUGCUGAAGCAAUCGCCCACGGGAUAUCCCCCCGAGAAUAUCACCGAGCUGGAGGAAGAGCUGACCGCCUCUGGAGUUCUGGCAAACCCGUUGAGAAGAGACACAGUCACCGUCCAGGGAUACGGAUGGGCUGUCAUUAGAGUCGUCCUGGACAACCCAGGCAUGUGGGCAUUCCACUGUCAUAAUGCAUGGCAUGCUGAGUCGGGCAUGAUGAUGGUGAUUGCGGCUAGAGUAGAAACGGCGAGGGACUGGAAAGUGAGCGAGGAGGAAAAGGGGUUGUGCGGUCUACCUGGCGUCGAGAAAGGAGUGCGGCCCGACGACGAGAUCUGGUAUGGGAACUUUGGCGACUGA